AUGUCCUCGCCCGCCCUCCGCCAUGACGAUCCCCUCAUGGACACCCACCUCCUGACCCGGCAUGCGGACAGGCACGCCGAGACGAAGAGCGCCAGCAGCAGCAGCAGCAGCAGCAGCAGCAGCAGCAACAACCGCACAAAGACACCGCCGCUACGUUCCACCGACGGUGACGCCAUGGCGCCUCCACGGCCAAAGGAGGAGGCGCAUCUCGGCGCACCAGCAGGGACAAAGGCCAAAGUGGAAAAGAAGAGCUACGAGUACCUGGUCAAAAGCGGCAUCGCAGGCGGCAUAGCAGGCUGCGCAGCCAAGACCGUCGUCGGCCCCCUCGACCGUGUCAAGAUCCUCUUCCAGACGCAAAACCCACAGUUUGCAAAAUACAGCGGCUCGUGGACCGGCUUCCCCACCGCCGUCCGCGACAUCUACCUGCAGGCCGGCGUGCAGGGGCUGUUCAAGGGCCACUCGGCAACCCUCCUACGUAUCUUCCCCUACGCCGGCAUCAAGUUCCUCGCCUACGAGCAGAUCCGUACGCGCGUCAUUCACUCCCAAGCGCAAGAAACCGCCGGCCGCCGCUUCGUGUCCGGCAGUCUCGCAGGCAUGGUCUCCGUCUUCUUCACCUACCCACUGGAAGUGAUCCGUGUGCGCCUCGCCUUCGAAACCCGGGCGGGAGAGAGAUCGAACCUCUCCAGUAUCGUACGCAAAAUCUACUCCGAGACGUCUGCACCGACGUCACACAACCCUACCAACGCUCUCACCGCAACAGCGACCCAGGCGGCCGAGAAACUGACACCACAGACCGGUCUGUCCAAUUUCUUCCGCGGCUUCACGCCCACGCUGCUCGGCAUGGUGCCCUACGCCGGCGCCUCGUUCCUCGCACACGAUACCAUGAGCGACGCCAUGCGUUGGCCCGCUCUCGCGCCUUACACCGUCCUGCCCAACACGGGUCGCGAAGAAACGUCCACGACAAGCCCAAAGCCCGCACAACUGCGCUACUGGGCCGAGCUGAGCACCGGCGGAAUGGCAGGCUUCGUCUCACAAACCGUCUCGUACCCUUUGGAGGUGAUACGGCGGCGGAUGCAGGUCGGCGGUGUGGUGGGCGAUGGGCACAGGCUAGGGAUUGCCGAAGUGGCCAAGCGCAUCUAUGUCGAAAGGGGAUGGAGGGGAUACUUUGUAGGCUUGACGAUAGGCUACGUCAAGGUGGUGCCCAUGGUGGCGACGAGUUUCUUCGUUUACGAGCGCGGCAAGUUCUAUCUUGGAAUAUGA